ACUCGGUUGUGUCUCCGUUUGGAGCAACCAUAGUGUUGCUGGUAACAAUGUUUCAUCUCUCAGCUUUCCUAUCUGGAUACUUUCUUACCGGUUCCGUCUUUAGAAACGCUCCAGACUCUAAAGCCUUGCAAAGAACAUUGUCCUAUGAAACUGGAAUGCAGAGCAGUCUUUUGGCUCUAGCGCUGGCGACUAAGUUCUUUCAAGAUCCUCUUGUUGGGAUUCCUCCUGCAAUAUCUACGGUGGUAAUGUCAUUGAUGGGGUUCACACUCGUUAUGAUAUGGUCUAACGAAAAAGAGCUAAGCAUUUAAA